CGGCUCCAGCAGCACAACGUGGCGCUGACUUCCCGCCGACCGUUAACGGUCGCCAACCACCGUUGCCGUGGCGACGAUGGACGAGCUCGAGCCGCCUGGGCCUGGCGACGCCGCCCCAUCGCCCGCCUCGGCCAGCCCAACGGCCGCAGCUCCCCGGGAAAAUCGGAUGGAAAAGUGCGCCGAUCCUAAUCAGAGACACCGAUUCUGCCCGGCAAUUCGCCUCAAUCCCGUUAAGAAGAAUCAGAUGCAUUCUUCUGUAAAUUGUUCACGUGCCUUGGAACUGCUUAGGCCAACAGUCUUUAAAGUUGCCAUCAAGAAAAAAUAUGAAAUUGGACCAACUGACCAAUACUUGUCUAUCACUAGUUCACACAAAUCUCCUGAAUCCUCUCAACUGCGUAGAGGUAAAGUAGCAUGGACCAAUACAACUGCACCAGUAAAAGGACACAUUCAGCCCAGGCCUAAACCAGACAGUCGAAGAUGUUCCUUCAGAUCAACCGAGCCAAAAAGCAAUGCACCAGCUGAGAACAGAAUGCCCCAAAUUACAGCAUAUGGAAUAAAGUGUGACCUUCUGCAAAAAACAAGCAGCAGAGGAUCUUUAUGCCAAAGCCCCACAUUAAUAAGGAAUGAAUCAGCACUUGGAGGCGGAGGAAUUGUUCAGAAUUUAGACAACGAACUAGAAAUGCUUAUUCAGCAGAUUAUCGAUGAUCAGGAUCUUAUAAGAAAAUACAAACUAAGUACUAACCAGGAUGCUGACGGCCAUCUUUCAAGGAAAGAGGAUAUUGGGGUAGAGGCAUCAUGUGAAAUAGAUGUUUCAUCUAGAUUUCACGAUUCAGAAUUUCAGGAGACCAAAGUAAAUGCUCGAGAAACACUUCAUCUUUAUCUGCCCAGCCUUGACAUUCAAGAAGAGGAGGAAUAUCCAACAGCAAGGGAACCAGAUGCCGGAGUUUCACAGACGUCAGAAGAAUCAACUGAAGACAUGAAAAUUAAAGGAAAAGAUAAAAAUAUUACUAAAAUUCAAGAGUCAAACAGGAUCAAACGUUCUGCUUGGGCAUGUCAGCCUGGUGGUGAACUGAAAGGUCAAAUGCAAAAGAGACCAAGUGAAAAGAAAUAUGCUCAUCCUACUUCAGUUACUUGUUACUUUGGAGAUACAAAAAAAUAUAGUGAGGCAUUUCAAGAUCGCCAAAAUGGAUUAGAUGAAAUACAACCAAUAAAGCACAAUAGCAGAAAUGAUGCAAUGCUUGAUUUAAAGAUCUAUGAUUUGGAAGCAGAACCAGACGAUGGUCAUGCUCUCCAGGAGAACUCGCAAAACAAUUCAAAUCCCAGGUCCAAAGAGAAUCCUACUCCUGUUACUGUUGUCGAGAAUGACAGAGAGAGAACAAAGAUACAUAUUCAACGCAAUAAUUUGGUAUUCAAUACGAAAGAAUCUGCUGUUACUGCCUUGCCCAUGACCAGACAUCUGACCAUUAGGCAAAACUACUAAUUUCCCAGUUCACAUCACCACUUAGCAGGCAGUAGUAUUUGCCGACUUAACUUAGAGACAUUUAAGUGUAAAUUUAAUAAAGGCAUUUAAUAUUAUGAGGAUUUUUGAUAAUAAAUAAAGUAGAAAAUAUUAAUGUUGAUGCAAGGAUUGAAAUAAGGACACCCAUUUAAGACAUUUACUAAAAAGAGCCAAAUAGUAAAA